AUGCUCGACCUGUAUGGCGACAUCAUGAGCCGAGAAGAUUUGCUGAAACUAGACUCACAGCCUAACCCUUUUAACUAUAGCGGCCGUGUUUCCCAGACUCAGCGUAUCGUCUGUUUAAAAUGCGAGUAUUUCUCUUCACAGGAGGUCGCCAUGCAGACCAUCCCCGCCCGCCUUCGCCCGCCGAUUCGCAGAAAUAUACGCCGCUUCGCAGCGACGAAGGAUUACGUCAAGUCCGGUGAAGAAACCGAGACACCACCAAUGUUCCAGAAACCAAACCCCGCGGGUCAGAUCAGGAUUAGGCUACUUGUCGCUCAUACAAGGUGGCAUCUGGUAGUGUGUUACCUCAGUCCAGAGUUUGUAGAUGCAACCAUCUGCUGCACUGGUGACCCCCAGUGUGACCCGACUUGGCCCGUAUACCGAGGGCUGCAGGUCCUCAGGGCUUCCUCCUGCUCAGCCCUUGCAGCCCAGUGGACAGGGGGCGAGGAGGAGAGUGACCUCAGCCCAGUGUUGCCAGCUGUUAUGACCCUAGAGAGGAUGGUCAAUCAGAAUAUCUUUGAUGAUGUUACGCAAGAUUAUAAGUACUGGGAAGACAUAAGCGACGAACACAGGAAUCUCGAAGGCUCUUUACUCCCUCUGUGGAAGUUCACCUGCGAAGGAGCGAGGUUCUUCACCGUGUCAGACAUCUGCUGGAGUCCCUUUUACCACGACCUGUUCAUCGCCGCCUACAUGAGUGAGAAGGAAGAUGGUCAUGAACCGACAGAAGGAGAAGGUAUGAUCUGUCUCUUCACGCUCAAGAACCCGGGCAUUCCUGAACGUGUCUUCCAGUCUCCUUGUGGGGUUACUUCUGUACAGUUCCAUCCGUCUAGAGCGAGUAUACUGGCAGCUGGUCGGGAAGAUGGUGUGGUUAUUGUGUACGAUAUUCGGUCGCCUGUUGUUGCUCGCACCGUGUCUUCCUCUGCGGUGGACGGGAAGCACCUCCUGCCGGUGUGUCAGGUCCAGUGGGUGUCCACAGACCCUGGCGAGAACCUGUGCUUCUACUCGGUGUCCCAAGACGGCCGCAUCUCCCAGUGGCUGGUGUUGUCGUCCUCACUCCAACACGAAGAUGUCUUUGACUUCAACGACAGCGAACUCAAUGCGAAGUUGUCCCAGGGAUCUACGAAGUCUGUUCUCGAAGGUGCUGCUACCUGCAUAGCAAUUAGCCCGAGAGACAAAUGCGAGCUCCUGAUUGGCGUAGACACCGGGGCCAUAUUCCAGGUGAGAACGACGUGUCACCACAGCAUCACUCGCUAUCCGGCUCACGUGGGCGCCGUCAGGAACAUCACCUGGAAUCGACAUCACAUCCGGGUCUUCGCCACCUGUUCAAUAGAUUGGACGCUCAAGAUAUGGCUCUAUAACUGCUUCUCGCCCUCCAGCGCUCCCGUAGUCACCCUCGACCUCGGCAGCCCCGUCACCUGCCUCUCCUGGUCGCCCUACAGCAGCAGCGUCCUCGCAGGAGUGUCUGACGAAGGCCGGGUCUACGUCUACGACCUCUUCCUCCGCAAGUGCCUCCCUCUCUGCUCUCAGAACGUCACUCACAAGAGGAGAUUGAGUCUUUCUUCCGUGGCGUUCAAUCCGUUCAGCCCGAUUGUCCUCGUUGGCGGAGAGAAGGGCUACCUCGUGACUCACAAGCUCUCGCCAAACCUCCGGAAACCUCUCGAGGAAGCCAAGAUAACGGAUGAGGAGGCUGCCGAGAUCGAGGUGUGCAAGAUGGAGAGAAUCCUUGCUCUUAAUCAGGAGAAGAAGUAG